UACUGCAGUGACUUGACGCGAUCGUUUCUGAUUGGACGAUCGCUCUGCCGCUCUAACCGACCAAUCAGCGCACAGGUAAUAGCUAUAUAAGCCGGCCUCACUGUCAGAGCGUUCAGUUCUUUGGAAACCGAAACAACUGGAAACUUAAAUCAUGUCUGGACGCGGUAAAGUUGGCGGAGGAAAGGUGAGGUCUAAGGCCAAGACUCGCUCCUCCCGUGCCGGGCUGCAGUUCCCCGUCGGUCGUGUCCACAGGUUGUUGAGGAAGGGACAUUACGCUCAGCGUGUCGGUGCCGGCGCUCCGGUCUAUCUGGCGGCGGUGCUCGAGUACCUCACCGCUGAGAUCCUCGAGUUGGCCGGGAACGCCGCCCGGGACAACAAGAAGACCAGGAUCAUCCCCCGUCACCUGCAGCUCGCCGUCCGCAACGACGAGGAGCUCAACAAGCUGCUCGGCGGAGUCACCAUCGCUCAGGGCGGCGUGCUGCCCAACAUCCAGGCCGUGCUGCUGCCCAAGAAGACCGAGAAGGCCGUCAAGGCCAAGUAAACCACGACCCUCAACCCACUGCACAAAGGCUCUUUUAAGAGCCACCCACCUCUUCUCAGAGCUCAAGCCUUCCUACACAUCAACACUCAAGUCUCAAUUUCUGAUUACUAAUGUAACUGAGUUAACAACAUAACUUAAAUAGGAUAUUAACAUGGUGACAUCUGGUGGCUCAUCUUACUACAACACAUUGAAAGUUAUGAUGGCGUUGUACACUGCAAGUUUGUUGGUUUAAGAACACUAUCAAAUCUCAGUGCUCCAUGUGACCUCAUGUUUUUAUCACACUAACAUGUCUGUCACAUGUAAACAUGCAUCAUAGAUUCCCUCUGCUCAGAGUAACCUGGUUACAAAUGCAUAAAUCCAGGCCUUACACUGUCACAUAUUACAGACUGUUGCUGGUGGUUCACUUGAGCAGUCUAUGUAUAAAGUAUACCUCUUAUAUUAAUUACACAUCAAUAAGACAGUCCCAGUAUAUUAACAAGGGCCAGUUGAAGGUGUGGCUUCGAUCUAAUCAGAUUUGUGAUCAUAACUCACCGUAAUCAGUAUGCGAUCACAUCAUGGGCUUUUGUGAAACUUUUAGUA